AUGUGGCAGGUUCACAACGAGAAUAGUCCAACAGAACUGAACGACAUGGAGUCUAAAGCCGCUCUUCUCGCAGUCUGCUUAGCUGUGGUUUCGGCGCUCAUCACCCAACAUGGACGGGUUAGAGGACAACUCUCCCCACCUGUGUGUCAGACCUGGAACUCAACAACUGUGGAGUGUAGUGGGGAUGAAUUCAUAGAACUAAGCCGCGUGCGCCUAACUCAAGUACCUCUCGGCAUACCCAAGUCCGUCAUCACGGUGAAUCUCAGUGAUAAUAGCAUUACCAAACUGUUCAACGGCUCGUUUGAUCUCAGUCAUAACGACAUCAACACCGUCAUACCAUCCGCCUUCUUUGGAGUAUCGCGGCUGAGAUUCCUGGAUCUUAGUAACAACCAAAUACAAAAUAUAACAGAGAAAACAUUUGAAGGUUUGGGCAGCCUCACUCACCUAAACCUGGCAUCCAACGGGAUAUCAGUGAUAGGGGACGCAUUUCGCUAUCUGUACGGAUUACAGGAUUUGAAUAUGAGAGGGAAUAGCUUAGCUGUUUUAAAUCAAACAGCACUGGGUCCUAUUUUCAAUGGGCUGCAGAGCCUGGACGUUGCAAGCAACCCGUUUCUGUGCGACUGCAACUUACUGUGGUUUGUUGAGUGGGCCCAGUUCAGAUACGACACAUUAGCGAAUUGGCACAACCCCUACCCUAAGAUUGGUCGAGGCUACACGUGUUCUCGUCCAGCAAAACUGAGCGGACGGCGUUUGAUAGACGGGUUGACAAAAAAACAACAAUCCAACAACAGAGAGGAUCCAACAGAAUCUACGUUCUUCAACAUGGACUGUAGUCACGGACCCAACCGCCUCCUGGCUUGUGUGCUCGCCUCUUCCGGCAUCUUCGUCGCCAUGAUGACCAUUUUCCUGGUCGACUACCACAUCGGCCGUGUUCAGUACUACCUGUGGAUGUUGGCCAAGUGGAGGAGACCGAAGAUUGGCGAAGUAGAGAACCAAGAGCCGCACAGAUACACGCACGAUGCUUUCAUUGCCUACAACAACCAGGACGUCAUGUGGGUUGUACAUGAAGCAAUAGAGAAUCUGGAACCUGACUACAGUCUGGUCAUACACGAGAGGGACUUUGCAGUCGGUGCUCCCAUUGUGGAAAACAUCGCGGAUGCCGUGGAAGACAGCCGGAGAACCGUCUGCCUCAUCACCAGGAACUUCCUGAAAAGUAAGUGGUGCGAGUACGAGUUUCAGAUGGCCCAGUACAACAUGUUUGAGGAGGGGGGAGGGAGGCGUCUCAUCCUGGUGUUUCUGGAGAGGAUUCCUGACAGGAUGCUGAAACGGUUCCGCCAUCUGAACGCCGUGAUGAAGAGGGACACGUACCUGACGUGGCCGGACGACGUGCGGAAAAGGCCGCUGUUCUGGAAGCGGCUGCGAGACGCUCUGGGCGAUCCUCUACCCCGGGACCCAGAGCCUCAGCAGCAGGUACAUGAUUCUGAACGGACAAUGCUGGAACAGCAGGUACAAGGGCCUGUAGGGAACAUUGUGGACGCGCAGGCACAUGGCCCCAUGAGAAACAUUCCGGAACAGCACCACAUGUGCUUUGGAGAUGACGUUCCUCUCCUACCACUGUAG